AUGGCAGGUGGAGCCAAGAAACCAGUCAACGUCUUCCGUCUGAGGAACUUGGGUGAGCCCAAGGAAGUCUUCAACUGGAAGUUGUGGUUCGCCGUCGUUUCCUUCGGUUUAAUGGGAGCUGCGCGAGGUAUCGAUGAAGGUCUCAUCUCCGGCGCUUUCAAUUCCAAGGACUUCCAACGGUACAUCAACUAUAGUUCAUACAGCCAGGUCGAGCAGACCAACAUCAAAGGAAAUGUCUCGGCGAUGGUGCAGAUUGGAUCCGUAGGAGGUGCUCUCUUUGCCUUCGUUGUUUGUGACCGAAUCGGCCGCAUCUGGGCAACCCGUCAACUAUGUGUGCUAUGGAUUCUGGGAAUAGCAAUCUUCUUGGGCAACAAUGGCAGCCUCGGGGCCGUGUAUGCUGGUCGCUUUAUCGCUGGUCUCGGCGUCGGACAGACCGUCGUCGUCGCUCCCGUUUAUCUUGCGGAGAUUGCUCCUGCUUCUAUUCGAGGUCUCUGCACCUGUGUCUUUACGGGUUUCGUCUAUCUCGGAAUCGUCUUGGCCUACUUUGCGAACUACGGCUGCCAAGUCAACAUGGGCGACAACACACACAAGAGAUGGGAGGUCCCCACCAGUCUUCACGUUAUCUUUGCAGGCCUGAUCUUCAUCCUGUCGUUCCUGCAAUACGAGUCUCCACGAUACCUCAUCAAGCGUGGCCAACCGGAGAAGGCGCUUGCCAACUUGGCUCGUCUCCGUGGCCUUCCCGCCGACCAUGAGUAUGUGGUGCGUGAGAUCAACUCCAUUCAAACGGCGCACCAGAUCGAGAUGGAGGCUACAAUGGGAUCCGGACCGCUGGGUGUCAUCAAGGAGACCUUCCUAAUUCCGUCCAACCUCUAUCGGAUCUACGUCGCCCUGACGGCGCAGGUUCUGUCGCAGUGGUCCGGUGCCGGUUCAAUCACCGUCUACGCCACGGAUCUUUUCAAACUGUUGGGCAUCACGGGUAGCAACGAGAACCUGCUGGUGACGGCCAUCUUUGGUAUCAUCAAGCUGACUGCCGCUAUUCUCUGCGCUCUCUUCCUCGUUGAUGUCAUCGGUCGUAAGCGUGCGCUGCUUCUGGGAAUUACGCUGCAGGCCAUUUCGAUGAUCUACAUUGCCGGUUUCCUGACCGCGGUGCCUGAAAUAGGCACGGUCGACGGCUACAAGAUCCCCGCCAACAAGAAGGGUGCCAGCGAGGGCGCGAUUGCCAUGAUCUACAUCUCCGGAUUCGGAUGGGCCCUGGGCUGGAACUCGAUGCAGUACCUUUUGACCGCCGAACUGUUCCCUCUCCGCAUCCGUGCACUCGCCACCUCCCUGGCCAUGACUCUGCACUUUGCCAACCAGUACGGCAACUCUCGCGCCGUGCCCAACAUGCUUCUCCCCGUAGCAGACGGCGGCAUCAGCCCCAAGGGAACCUUCUGGUUCUUCGGUGUGGUGACCCUCAUCGGCGGCCUCUGGGUCUGGUUCAGUGUACCCGAGACCGCAGGCCGGAGCCUCGAGAGUAUGGAUCAGCUGUUUGCUUUGCCGUGGUACAAGAUUGGUCUGCAUGGUAAUAAGGAUGCCGAUGAGCGUGAUCUGGUGAUCAACGAGAAGAUGGAGGCAAUGGAGGCUGAGGGAACUGCCCAUCAUGUGGAGAGGCAGGAUGCAGCCGCCCGGGUUUAG